GUUAUCAGUGGAUUGUUCAGUUGUCUUUGUCAAACAACGAUUGGAAAGCUAUCUCAGUGGACUUUGUUCCCCUCCUGUCCACACUGAUAUAAUUCUUUCACUCGAGAUUUGUGCAUGAAGACAGCAGAGAUGAAUCUUACUCCUGAACAAGAACUGUUUGUGAACGAGAGAGACAGUAUGCCAGAAGCGACUACCACAGCGAUGGGUAACCAGGAUCCAGAAUUGGAGUCAAACCACAGCUCGGACGAUAGCUUCACGGAGGAAGAAAACAGGUAUCAUCAGAAAAUGUUGGAUGAUCGAAAGAUGUCUGUUAUUGACCCGAACUGCCUGCCAGAUAGACCUCAGGCAGUCACCUUCGCUGAUGUCACAUCUGCUGCCUUCAAAAUAAAAAAUGGAAUCAUCAACACACCAUGUGUCAGAUCACACUUAUCAGAUUUAACUGGAAUGGAAGUUUUUCUGAAAAAGGACUUCAUGCAAACAACUGGCAGCUUCAAGGAACGAGGAGCUUGCUACGCUUUGCUGAUGCUGUCAGAGGAGCAGCGGCAGAAGGGAGUUAUAUCAGCAUCUCUCGGUAACCACGCCCAGGCUCUUUGCUACCACGGCCAGAGGUUAAAUGUACCAGUCACUGUGGUCAUGCCGGUGGUUGCUCCAAUAAUGAAGAUUCAAGCCUGUCGUCGGUUCGGAGCUAACGUUAUUGUCGAAGGCAACGACAUGAAGGAGGCUAAACGUCUAGCCAUGGUGAAAGGAAGAGAAUUGGGCCUCACUUACAUAAAUGGAUAUGACCACCCUCACAUCAUCGCAGGCCAGGGAACGCUGGGUCUGGAGAUAGUUGAGCAGGUGCAAGACAUUGACGCAGUUGUGGUGCCGGUUGGUGGCGGUGGGCUCAUCGCUGGAGUAGCAUUGGCUGUGAAAAGUCUUCAUCCAAACGUUAAAAUUAUUGGUGUGGAGUCAGACAGGUGUGCCAGCUUUUCUAAUGCCCUGUCCUGCGGCAAACCGACCCCUGUACCGAUCAAAUCAACUCUGGCCGACGGCCUGGCGGUUCCUCUGGUGGGCUACAACGCCUUUCACACUGCUCGUCCACUUGUUGACAAAAUGGUGGUGGUGAAGGAAGAGUGGAUAGCCAUCGCCAUCCUGAGGCUGGUGGAGAUGGAGAAAUGUGUGGUGGAAGGAGCAGGAGCCAUUGGUCUAGCAGCCAUACUGGCCGGCCAUCUCCCUGAAUUAAGGAACAAAAGGGUGGUUUUAAUCCUUUGUGGUGGCAAUAUUGACACAACGAUACUGGGCCGUUGCCUCGACCGGGGUCUCACAGCAGACGGCCGCCUUAUCAAGUUUUCCGUAGUGGCUAGUGACAGACCUGGAGGAAUCGCUGAGCUCUGUCGACUGCUGGCAGAUGUUGGUGUUUCCAUCAAAGACAUCCUUCACGAAAGAGCUUGGAUCACAAACGAUAUUUUCAGUGUCAAGGUUAAGGUUGUGUGCGAGUCUCGAGACUUGGAACAUUCAAAACAACUGAUGAAAGUUUUGUCAGAGAGAUACACCUCCGUCAAUUUCGGGGACUUCAUGGACAGCCAGGGCUUCCGUCAGAGGCUCUCCCCCAGCCCAAACCACUUGGAUGUCAACCUGCUUGAACAAGGAGUUACUAAAUGCUUUUUAGAAUGAUAAGGCAAUGCUUUGUUUGGGGUCGUUUGAUUACAAAUUUAAAAAGGUUCGUUGAUCUCUAUAUCUACAGAAGGAGUUGAAUUCGAGCACUCUUUUGUUAUUAGCUCUAAAAUGAGAUCAGAAAUUCAAAGGAAAUCUUGAAAGGUAUAUUGAAAUAUAAUUUUAAAAAUAGGCACUUGAAGUUGAAAAAAGUUUUUGAGGUAAGCUAUUUAUUGACGAUUUUAUUUUAAAAGUAAGAGAUGUUAUUUAACAAAUUCUUUUUCAAAUGGAAAUUUUUUUAAUUAAAAAAUGUUGAAACAAUGAGAGGCCUAGGUAUGUGUUGUGACUUUGUAAAGUACUCAUGGCACGAAUCAGUCAAGCACAGGUCAGUAUUACUGACUACUUUGUUGGUUAAUUUUUUAAUUUGCUAAAAGUAGAUUUUUAACAACAAAGGAUCAAACACCCUAGACAAUUAAUAUAAUUUGAAUUAUUUUUAUAACUUGUAUAAACAGGUAUUAUUGUCAAAUAUAUUUUUUUUUAUA